AUGAGUCCUGAAUUUGAAAUGCCGGGCGGAUUUUACAUGAGGGAAAUGGACCCUUAUGAACAGGAUUUUGGAGAAGAUGAGGAUAUCGAUGAUCAAAAUGGGUGGAUGGUUGUAAAUGAAGGCGAUAUCACACAACUUCUAAAUCAGAUCCAGGAGGCCGAACUAAAGGAAGAUGAGGAGGAAUUCAAAAAGGAAAACCUUAGUUCCCAACUUAUUCCCCAGAUGCAUGAGAACAUUGCUACUGAAAAACUUACAGCAGAAACAUUGGAUAAAGGGGAUACAGACCAUGUUCUCACCACUGACACCCUGGCGUCGUCCAAGCUCACUAAUUUUUGGACAGCCGAAUCUGUAAUAGAGGACACAACCAAAAAUGGAGCUGCUAAUAAGUCAGCGUACGAAGAGGACCUCGCAGAUUCUGUGAUAACCACGAGCACAGUUAGUAUCACCACCUCUACAACAGCUGCUACCAGGGAAGAAGGAACUGCACCAAGCCUUAACUCUAUGGAAACAAACUUGAGUACUGAUGAGAAUUUUGAUGGGAUGACUCCUGAUUUCUAA